GAAGAAAAAAAACCAACAACUCAAAACUAGUCAUAAAAAUGUUUUAAGAUAAGCUUCCAUGUCCCUACGGACCCAGUGUGUUUGCUCUUGUCAUUGUUAUUUAGUGCUACAAAUAUGUCUGGAGGAAAAAAAAACACUCUGUGCUGUUUCUCGUGAAGACGUACUCUCUCAAAAAAUUCCCAACAGCUUGUUUUGAUCAGAAAUGUACUGGUUACCAGUAAAUGAUUUGAUGCCCUCCUGAUUCCUCACAAAAUAAUAUCAAAAGUUCGCUGGAGUAUGAUGAGUCUUCUGUGAGUACAGAAAAUGACCUAGCGAGGGUUAACAUGAGCAGCUCUGUGUUCCCUCCUCCUGACAUUGACUGAGCACACACGCACAGUUUCUCCGCCGGGGCAAGCACACAGCCAGAGAGGAGGGACUGUUUGCAGCUCUGAGAGCCAGCUGUCGUUUGCUCAGAGUUGGGUCUUUUCUCUCCUCGACUCCCCCCGUUCUCCACUGGCCUCAUCACUCCAUGGGACUCCAGACCUGGCCGCCAAGCAAUCCACCACUGUCCUCUAUGGCCUGCCUUGAUGUGGAGACCCCUUCCAUCUGCAGGGGUAAAUUUAAAUCAGUCCUCCAGCUCUGUCUGCAGCAGAGGAGAACUCGGGAACAACUUGUGGAGCAAGGCAUCAUGCCGCCUCUGAAAACUCCUGCUGCCUUUCAUGAGCAGAUUCGCAACCUGGAGAGAGCCAGGACGGGGAACUUUUUAAAGCACAAACUCUGCAGCAGACCUGAGCGCUCUGAGCUGGUCCGUAUGCACAUCCUACAAGAGACGCAGGCUGAACCCUCCCUUCAGGCCACACAGAUGAAGCUGAAGAGGGCCAGACUGACUGAUGAUCUCAAUGAGAAGAUUGCCCAGAGACCUGGACCAAUGGAACUGGUGAAGAAGAACAUCCUGCCUGUUGACUCUGCUGUCGAAGAGGUCAUCCAUGGCGAUAAAGCAAAGUGCUCUAAGCCACCAGAUAUUUACAACUUUAAUGAGGACAGCAAUGAUGCCUUAUCACCACCACAGCCUGCUAGCCAACAAUCUCCCAGCUCCACCUCGACCUCUCCAAGGGAGUCUGGAGGAACUGAGGUCACUUCUACUUCCUCUGACCUAAACUCUCCCAUACAGCUAAAAGACAUCUCUCUGCUGACUCCAUCCACAGCAAUGCAUAGUUCUGCUUCUGUACCAGAAUCCAAGUCUCCGCUGACUACUCAUUCCCCACUACCUAACUCACAGUCCACAUCAGAUUUAGUCAGCCUCGCCUCCGCCAAUGAGAAACUCAGCAACCAGCAAGCAUCUACACCUCAGCCAACCACUAUUGUCCCCAGUAUAACACACGGGCCAGUUCUUGUAAAGCAAAGCUUGCCCAAGCUACCGAGUGAUAAAAGCCGCAGCAAAAGGAGUAAAGAGCCUAAACCACGGGUGAAAAAGUUAAAGUACCAUCAGUACAUUCCCCCAGACCAGAAGCAGGAGGCCAGUGAAGUGCAGAUGGAUUCAGCUUAUGCCCGCCUCCUGCAGCAGCAGCAGCAGUUCCUGCAGCUCCAGAUCCUAAGCCAGCAGCAGUACAACUACCAGACUGUCUCGCUUGCCACACCCAAACCAACAACUGAGGUACAAACCAGCUGUUCCAGUGGUGUUCUGAAUAGGAAUGUAUCGAGCCCUGUGCAGCCCCGGCACACUCAGACGAACCGCAAGCCAGAUCAUUUACCAGCUAAUCUGGAUGAGAUGAAGGUUGCUGAGCUGAAAAUGGAACUAAAGCUCAGAUCUUUGCCUGUUUCUGGGACUAAGACAGAUCUGAUAGAGAGGCUAAAGUCGUAUCAGGAGAACUCUAACAUCCAGACUGCGGCUACUAUUGAGACAACAGCUGUCACACCAACCCCAAAGUCUGAAAACAUAAAGUUAACUCCGCCGGUAUCCCCUAUAGCCUCCAAGGUGUCCACUCUGGGCAUAGAGGACAGCAGUAUGGUAGACAGCCCCACCAAGCUUUCAGAUGCUCUGUCUCCAGCUCAUCCUGCUCCUUGUGUGAACUCCCCACCGAGAGCUCCACAGGCAGAGCGUGCCACAGAUACAAGGUCCCAUGAGAAGGACUCUGAGAAGGACAAACGUCUCCAUGAGAAGGAGCGUCAGAUUGAGGAGCUGAUGAGGAAACUGGAGCAGGAGCAAAGACUGGUGGAGGAGCUAAAGAUGCAGCUGGAGGUGGAGAAGAGGAGUCAGCAAGGAGAUUCUCCACCUCAGCUCAGCCCUCUUGCUCCCAUCCAGGUCAAAGAGGAAAACAUGACUCCGUCACACUGCUCAGUGUCCUGUAGUUCUCCUGGUCUGCCAGUGUUGGUCAAACAAGAGGAGGUGGAAGAUCAGAGCCACUUAGCUCCUCAAAAUCAGUUCAUUAUUAGCCACCAGACUAUCAAGCAGCCUGAAACCCUGCAGCCUGUGCCGGCUGGAGCUCAGAUCCUCCUGCCUGCAUCCUUUCCUGCCUCAGCAGUCACUAUCCAGCUCCCUGCCAACAGCAUCAAAUUACACACUACUGUUAGUAGCGCAGCCUCAGGCCUCAUCCAGACCUCUGGACAGGUGCCACCAAAAAUAGAGGCCUCAGCAGCAUUACAACAGCAAUGCAGUACUCAGCCACUGACAAAGACUUGGAGGAUGGAUAGCACAGCACAAUGCUUACUCAACACAUUCCCAGCAAGUGGAUGUCCUGUGGGAGCCUCCCCUUGCCAAGCUGGUCCUAAAGGACCUACUAAUAAGUCUCCCUGUAGAAGUCAGCCAACUUUCUUACAGCAGGCAAAAUUCACAAACCACGUGUCAAAGUGUAAAGACCCGCCCCGCUACGAGGAUGCAGUUAAGCAGACACGCAGCAUGCUAAAAGCUGUUCAGGGUCCCACUGCUGCUAGCCAGCAGAUGGAUGACUUGUUUGAUGUGUUAAUCGAGAGUGGUGAGAUCUCUCCCUUCAUCAGACAGGAUCCUCCCAGUGAGGAGAAGCCUCUCCCUGUGACAGCCAGUGUAACCACCCUUCCCAUCAACACAGUUUUAUCCCGCCCUCCACCCUUGGUCCAAGUGGCCCAGCUGCCUGCUGCACUGCUCAACCCCUCGACCAGCUUGGUAGCCCUGACCUCUGACACCCAGCUGGAAACCCUUCUGGAUGACACGCUGGGCACUAACACCGAGCCACAAACACUUAAGUUGAUGGAGGAGUUACACUCACCUCUAGUCACCAUGGAGGUGGACUUUAAUGAAAACACAUCACCCUCUGCUUUGAACCUGCACAGCACCAACAUGGAAAAUAUGGAUUGGCUGGACCUUACCAUGUCUGUGCCAGCAGAGGGGGUGAACUCUUUGGACAUGUCAACGUCAGUGGGCGUCUUCUCUUCUGACUUCCUGGACUCGCAUGAAUUGCACUUGAACUGGGACUGAGUGCUGUGAAGGUGAAUUCUUACACCUGUCAGACUGUUUCAUACUUUUUUAUGCAAGGGAGAAUGGAUUAUGUUUCCUAUAUGGAUUUCUGGGUUGGGGCAGCUCUGUUUUGCUUUCGGGCCAUAUAAAUCAGCUCAGUAAUAAUCUAAUUGUGCAACGUCAGUUUAGAAGUUGCUUCUUUACUUCCUUUGAGGUCUAUAAACCUUCUGAUUGUAUGGGGAGACUGACAUAAAGCAAGACUGGUACUGGCAGACUGAGCUGACUGUGGAAGUAGCUAUUAAAAUUUCAAUCUUAAGUUAUGCCACUUCUUUGUUUUCAAUCUGUUCUCAUGUCUUUUUGUACUCUGAACUUAAUGAAUGUACAGUGUUGUAAUGGCAGAAAGAACAGGAAAAUGUUCUAAUCCUGGUUAAAGAACUAAUGGACAAACUGCAUUACUGUGCGUGUUCACUCCACCCUGUCUUGGAAUGAUUAUCGCUAUCAAAACAGAUUAUAAACACACAACUGCUAAAUGUUCCAUGGGUGUAUGUAAAUUGUAAAGCAUAAAUCAGAUGUUUAACUGA